AUAAGCCUGACGGUGUAUAUGUGUGUACAGUCUUAUUUUAACCUUUCAUUUAUAAUCUGAAGGUCUUCAAGUAAACAUAAUAUCAUUGAACCUCAGAAACAGUGUAAAAUAUUAUUUCUCUUCAAUACGUUUAGUUACAAAAUUAAAUCCGUAAUGGACGUAUUUUUGAUGAUCAGGCGAAAAAAUACCACAAUUUUCACGGAUGCAAAGGAUAAUACAACAGUUCACGAACUUAAAAAAAUUAUUGAAGGUAUUUUGAAAGUACCUCCAGCAAAUCAACAACUAUUUAACAAAGACAAUGUUGUUAUGUCUGAUUCUAAAUACUUGUCAGAUUAUGGAUUGACAUCUGUAACUGCAAAAGCACAAUGCCCUGCAUUGAUAGGGUUAGCUAUACGUCAAGAAAAUGGUCAGUUUGAACCACUUGAAAUGACUCCAUUUUCACUACCGCCAGAUCUUCCAGACGUUAUGAAGGGUUGUGAACCUAAUGGUUCAGAAUCUCCUUGAAGUUACAUAAACUAUAUUGUGAACCAAUUGAUAAAGAAGUAUUGUGUUUGAUACAGUUUAAUAUUCAUGAGAAAGACCUUUCUAAAUGCUGAAGAUUUUAUGAAACCAGGAUGUGAAUAAUAGAGACAUACAAGUUCUUACAUUUAUGCAAAGUGUCUUAGGGAUUUCUCACUUCUUCUAGAGAAAAAAAAAAAAAACAGGUAGUUGCAAUACUUUCAGGUCUUUGUGAACAAGCAAGUACUUUUUUUUGUACUUGAAUAAUUAAAUCAGGAUGCUAACAAAUCUCAAAAAGUACAUGUUCACAGUCCUGUAUGUUAACCAAAUUUAAUCUUAAUUAGCUAUGAAAUUGUCUCAAAGUUUUGUUACAGUUACAGAAAUAUAAUAAAUACCUCAUUCGCUUA